AUGUACAUCCUGGGCAGUGUUCCAACAAUUUCGACAACAGAUGCAGGUUGCCCUGUCAUAUUCGACGUAUAUGAUUGGACGGGUAACGUUGUAGAGGUAAUGCUGGGCGUCAUCAUGAUUGCUCGGUUACAUGCCAUGUAUCAGCGAUCCAGAAAAGUGCUGAUAUUUCUCGUUGUCAGCUUUCUGGCCAUCACAAUCGCCAACGCAGUGAUGAUCGCAAUAACGACGAUACAUAUUUCAGGGGAGGUCGUUGCACUGUGCCUCGCGGUGUGGAGUGCUGUAAAACACUUCCGUGAACUGCGACGACACUCAACAAGUGGUAUUAUCGGGGACUGUUUCACAGUGUUAAUGAAAACUCAUAUCGUGCAGACGUUUGUGCUGGGACCACGCCUCAUCCUUGGUGUUCGAGAAUAUCACGCUGAGCUCGUGGCAAACUCUGAUACAGCAACUGCUAUGACUUCAAUCGCUUUUGAGGAGCGUGUCCACGUUACUAUGCAGGCAGCAGCAGAAUUCCUUGUAUUUAUUCCAGAUUUUGUCGUGGUACUUAUUUAUUACUCGACCACUGAAGUGGCGCCUGUAGACCCUUUCAGCACCCUUGUUCAUCCUAACUGCUCCAAUGCACAGAGUACCUCUAGCAGGACCGUGACUCGUCGAUUAGGGUCCCAAGCGGAUCCAGUACUGCAGGUGCCAUCAACUGCAUUCGAAAUUGGGAUAACGAGGGGGAAUGGCGAGAAGUGCGCGGGCACAGGCGGACCGACUAAACUCGCAUUUGUGCAGUUGGUUAUGCUUAUGGAGUAG